AUGCCUGCCGAUGAGAACUACCUAGAGACUAUGGGUUCACCAUUCGUUUCACUUUAUGAUCUGCUCAUGAUGAAUAUCCUCUACAAAUGUCUUGAUGGAAAGGAAAACCCGACUUGCUUAGAUGCAAAAUGGGAGGUUUCGCAAAUCCUAGAGAUUGCUCAAAGUGCGUUUGUCCCUCAGGAUAUGGAGGCAGGCUAUGCGAUCAACUGGCCCUAUGAAGUUGCUGUUCCACUUUGUAAAGAAGCGCUCGAAGAUCUGGAAAAGACUAGCGGUCAUGACCAUCCUGACGUAACGACUAUGCUGAACGUUCUUGCGCUGGUGUAUAGGGACCAAAAUAAAUACAAUGAAGCUGCUAAUCUUCCUAACGAAGCGCUGGCCAUCAGAGAAGAGUGCUUAGGAGGAAAUCGUUCAGCUGCGUGUUUUGAGAUUUACGAAACCAAGCUCGGAUCAGAUGAUCCCAAUGUUGCGAAGACUAAGAACAAUCUCUUAUUAGCAUAUCUAAAACAAGGAAAAUACAAGUUGCAUACGAAAAAAGACCAAAUGUCAAGAGAUACUACAAAAUAG